AUGGAACAUGACGAAAAAGACAAAAGGGGACGAAAAAGGACGAAAAAGGACAAUAAGGAAGAAAAAGGAUGGAACAUGACGAAAAAGACAAAAGGGGACGAAAAAGGACGAAAAAGGACGAAACAGGACGAAAAGAACGAAAAAGGACAAUUAGGACGAAAAAAGACGAGAAAGGACGAAAAAGGACGAAAAGGACGAAUAAGGACGAAAAAGGACGAAAAGAACAAAAAACGACGAAAGAGGAUAAUGAGUAUGAAAAGGACGAAAAAGGAUGAAAAGGACGAAAAGGACGAAAAGGACCAAAACGACGAAAAAGGACGAAAAAAAAGAGUGAUAAAUGGGAGAAUGGAAAAGAGCGAUAAAUGGGAGAAUGAGAGAGAAAGUGAUAAAUGGGAGAAUGAGAGACAGGGUGAUAAAUGGGAGAAUGAGAGAGAAAGCGAUAAAUGGGAGAAUGAGGAAAAGAGUGAUAAAUGGGAGAAUGAGAGAAAGGGUGAUACAUGGGAGAAUGAGAGAAAGGGUGAUAAAUGUGAGAAAGAGACGAAAAAGGACGAAAAGAACGAAGAGGACGAAAACGGACGAAAAGAACGAAAAAGGGCGAAACAGGACGAUAUAGGACGAAAAGAACGAAAAAGGACUAAACAGGAAAAUAAGGACGAAAAAAGACGAAAAAUGACGAAACAGGACAAAAAGAAUGAAAAAAGUCGAAAAAGGAGGGCAAGGAUGAAAAGGAAGAAGAGGACCGAAAAGGACGAAAAAGGACGAAAAAGGAGGGAAAGGACCAAAAAGGACGAAAAAUACGAAAAGGACGAGAAGGACGGAAAAGGACGAAACAGGACGAAACAGGACGAAAAGGACGAAAAAGGACGAAACAAAACGAACAGAACGAUAAAGGAUAAUAAGAACGGAGAAGGAUGA